AACUAAUUCAGGAUGGAUCCUACACAAGUUGAAAAAGCCGUGGAAUCACUGAUGAAGCACUGCCGUGCUAAAGAGUCUUCAUCUUUAACAGAAACAGAUGCCCACGUGUAUGUCCAAGUUGUCUUCAAACGAGUACCAAACAAGACGAAACACCCCGUCAAACUAACCCUGAAGAACUCUAUCUACAACAAAGAAGCGUCAGUUUGUUUGAUUACUAAGGACCCACAGAGGUAUUAUAAGGAUCUUAUGAAGACUAAUAAUAUUAGUGUUGCAAAGGUUAUAGGAGUCGGUAAGCUGAAGAAGAAGUACAAGGAGUUGGAAGCAAAGCGAAUACUGUGCGACAGUCAUGAUGUUUUUCUGGUAGACGACAGAGUGUUACCUAUUAUCCCGCGGUGGUUUGGUAGUUAUUUCUACCGCAAGGGCAAGGCUCCAGUAAAAGUCAACCUCAAGAAGAAAAACUUAAAACAAGAGGUGGAAUCCUGUACCAGAUCGUACAUGGUGGCGAAUCUUGGAAAAGGAAAUAACCUCAGUAUUCCUUGUGGUCGAGUGUCUUUCGACAAUGAGCUCCUUUCAGAAAACCUCCACUCUGCUCUUAACGAGUUGUGUGCAAAUGUACGUCCAGGGUGGAAGAAUGUGAAAGCAGUUUAUUUGAAGACUGAGAGUUCAGUUGCUUUACCAGUAUAUUCAGCUUUGGAUAGCCGAGCUUUUAAAAUAACCGAAUAGGUUUAGUGACAAUAGCAACAAUGGGACACGAUAUCAUUUUCACAGUUUUCUUUCUGUUGACGGUAUUUCGAUCACACUAGUUCUUUUAAUGUUAACGAACAGUGCAUUGUUCUUUUUUAACGACGGGAAUUUCGACGAUAUCUGGAAGUUUCAAAAUUUUAAUUUAUUCACGGUAUAUUUUAAUGUCCUGUUAUACUAGUUAUAUGUCUACAACAAAUAUAAUUAACUAAUUUACUUAUCA